AUGCCGCUCGCAAAGUCGAAGCAGACCGUCGGGCUCGGCAACUCCCUGAUGAACGAUCGCUUCGGAAAGGGCAAGGGAGCAGAUCGCAAAAAGGCAACCGGAAGCGUCGUACGAACACAAAAGGACACCGGCGAGUCAUAUGUCACCAACGAGAGGAAGGAGGCAUCAUGGGUCAAGAUGCGCUCCGUCACACAGCAGUCCGCCAUGGACGAGUUCCUCGCCACCGCCGAGCUGGCUGGCACCGAUUUCACCGCCGAGAAGAUGAACAAUGUCAAGAUCAUCCAUACCGACCAGCGCAACCCCUACCUGCUGUCUGCCACCGAAGAGAGCAGGGUCAGGGGAAAGCAUGACAAGCACAGGAAAGCAUUGAACGUUCCGAGGAGGCCCAAGUGGGAUGAACACACCACACCGGAGGAACUCGAUCUCGCAGAGCGCGAGAGCUUCUUGAGCUGGAGGCGAGGUCUUGCUGAGCUCGCAGAGAACAACGACCUCUUGAUGACUCCCUUUGAGCGCAACCUCGAGAUCUGGAGACAGCUCUGGCGUGUCAUCGAGCGCAGUCACUUGGUUGUCCAAAUCGUCGAUGCCAGGAACCCUCUCAUGUUCCGAUCUGAAGAUUUGGAGCACUACGUCAAGGAUGUUGACCAGAAGAAGGAAAAUUUGUUGCUGGUCAACAAGGCCGACAUGAUGACUGUCAAGCAGAGGAAAGAGUGGGCAAAGUACUUCAAGGCCAACAAGAUCGCAUACCGCUUCUUCUCGGCCCACCUCGCUAAAGAGCUCAUUGACGCCCAAAACGCCGAGGACGAGUCCGACGAAGAUGUUCAGACUGGCCACAGCUCAACCUCUGCUCAGCGUCCGGCGCCUAAGCAAACCGCCGAUGAAACGUCAUCCGACGAGGAUAGUGAAGAGGGUAGCGAAGGAGAGGCUGAUGCUUCCGCCGGCGCUAGCCUAGAGCAAGACCUUGACGACGAAGACAUCAGAAUUUUGACCGUCGAGGAGUUGGAAGAUAUUUUCUUGGCCCAUGCGCCAGAACCCAAUCCUGACAAUCCGGACGAAAAAUUGCAAAUUGGUCUUGUUGGUUACCCCAACGUCGGAAAGUCCUCGACCAUCAAUGCUCUCAUCGGUGCUAAGAAAGUGUCCGUGUCAUCUACACCCGGAAAGACAAAGCAUUUCCAGACAAUCCACCUCAGCGACAAUGUUAUCUUGUGCGAUUGCCCAGGUCUAGUCUUCCCCAACUUCGCUUCAACAAACGCCGACUUAGUCUGUAAUGGUGUGCUACCCAUUGAUCAGCUGAGAGAAUACACUGGCCCAGCAACUCUGGUUACCCACAGAAUCCCCCAACUUUUCCUUGAGGCUAUUUAUGGUAUCAAAAUCAAGACACGACCAUUCGAAGAAGGAGGCACUGGCGUGCCCUCAUCCAGCGAACUAUUGUCCGCCUACGCCAAGGCACGUGGUUUCCAAACUCAAGGACAUGGUCAGCCUGACGAGUCGCGUGCGGCUAGAACAGUCCUCAAGGACUACGUUAAUGGCAAACUCCUCUACUGCGAGCCGCCACCAGGAUACCCUGAUGCAGCUGAGUUCAAUCGUGAGUUGUACGACUCGGCCCAUCUCCCUGAGAAGCGUCGUGCCCAGCUCCAAGCGGCCAUGGAGGCUUUGGAGCUACCAGACGAUUCGUCUGUCGCGGACAGCGACGUUAUCCCUCUCCCGAAGGCUGGUCCCAAGUCACAAAGACUUGACAAGAAUUUCUUUGCCAGAAAUGGAGGCAAUGCUGGGCACAUGAGCAGGCCUUUUAGCUACAAAUAUACGGAACAGGGCCAAGCUGCAUCAGCAGCUGUACAAGGAAAGCCACUUAGUGGCCGAAAGGCGAAAGCUAUGGUUGCAUUAGAGACUGGCAUGGACCCCAAAGAUGUGCAAAUAGGGAGCUCAAAGAAGCAUUUCAAGGGUGGCGCAAAAGGCAAGAAGAAGAAGGCAGAGGAUGAUGAUUAG